GUCUUAUAGCUAGGAAAAUCGAUGAAUAGACAAUCUUUGUGUAAUGGCUUUUGUUAUCAGUUCAGUCUGCCAACAGUUAUUGCUAUUUAGUAUUGAGAAAAUGGUUCGCUCUCUAUCGUGUGAAAUAGUUUAUCCCAUGUGACGGAACUGUAAGAACGAAGCCGAAGUAAAUGACUUAAAAGUCAGGGUAAAACGGAAUAGAGAGAUCCGAGUGUUAAGAUCCUCACGGUAUAACCUCUCUACUGAUAUCUGAUGCCUUGACCUGCAAGGAUCUUAGCGACGCCGUACCUCUAUGUCCAUCGAAGGGUCUUUACUUGAAACCGAGCGCUAAAGUUAACGUUUCGAUUAGUCUCCCUCGGCUCAAGACUCCAGGUAAAGAACCUAAUUUCAUCGCCGAAAUGAAACGUUCGUUUUAUAUGUUAGAUUAAUCGAGUGUGCAAGACAAAGACCAAGACCGCCAUAAUCUUGGUCUCGGUCUUGCAUUUUAUUUUUUAAACAAGCGCUAUUCACUCGCCGCCUUGCCGAGCACCUUUUUAGGGAGUCGCCCCGAGUCGACGUCGAUCAAAGGACCCGGGGAUCCCGAUCGAUCGUGUACAUAUCCAGCUAAAUAAAAAAUGAAGGAAUGAGGAGUUUACAGGUUAAUGUAGGUUCCUCGAGGAGAGCGAGGAACUCGACGGGGACUCGUCGGAGGAUGGCUCUCCGGCGAAUGUCGUGUCUCACCGGCGUAUUGAUACGGUAUGAACAGGGAAGACGAUCUCGACAUGGGAGGUGAUGGAGAAGGUGCGUGCGCUGGUGCUGCCGGAGGAGUUUGGCUCCCUGAAGGUGGCGAAGAGCACCUUGGAGACGAUCCGCCUAGAAGGAGAGCUUCGAGACCGAUGUCGACUGGAUCGAGUGCUGGCACGAUUACAGGGCCAGCAGUUAUCCUUACCAGGAUUUUCAAAGGCCCUGAAGGUACGCGUCGCCGAAGCAAAGGACGAGUUCCCGACAAGGCAUUCCUGGGACUCGUACUUCCGGGAUGCCCGACACAUGAACGAGCUGAAACCUGGAGAAAGACCCGACACUGUCCACGUGUGUGGUCUGCCGACUGAAUGGUUCUCCGAUGAGUCGUGCAAGCCAAGUGAAGCUGCCCUGGCCCCGGUCUUCGCCAAGUGGGGUCGACUCCGCAGGGUGGACGUGCCUGCCGCAGAUCCCUACAGGUCCAGAAUGCGACUAGGUCCUAAUAUCCCCAAGUUCAGCUAUGACGAGGGCCUCUUCUUCGAUGCCUAUGUGCAGUACGUGGAGUACGUCGACUUCGUCAGGGCUAUGGAUGCUCUUAGAGGAAUGAAGCUGCUGAAGAAGGAGCCGGGCGGAUAUCUCACAGCCUCCCUCAAGGUAGACUUCGACAAGACGAAGCACAUGAGUGAUGCUUCCGUCUCUCAUAGGGAGUUUGAAAGGAAGCGGUUAAUUGCUCAGGAUAGCUUGGCUGCGGAGAAACUGAGGAAGAACGAGCAGGUUGAGCUGGAGAAGAAGGAAGAACGGAGAAAGAAAGAGGAAGCUAACCUAACAGCCAAGGAGUCUCGCCGUCGGAAAAGAGAGGAGAAACGUAAACGCAAAGCCCUUACGAUAUUUCGCAAACAGGAAGAAGACAAAGUGUCUUUGAAGAUCGCCAGGGAAGAACGGAAGUUGAUCAAAGCUCAGAGACAGCUCGAGAGCAUCAGGUUGUUGGACUCGUUGUUCGACAGAUUAAAGGUCAAAGUGGAGAAGAAGGAACUGGAAGUCGAGCAGAAGCCAGAUCCAGUUUCUAAAGACAGUGGGAAACGAUCGACAGCUCCCUCGGAGAAGAUCCAAAAUUCCGAGGGACCUAAUGGCGAGAAGAAGCAAGUCAAAGGGAAAGGGAUAAAAAAGAAAAGACUGAAGAAGGAGAAGAAAAAGCAGAAGAAAAGAAAGAAAGGCGAUCCCACGGAAACGGAUGCCAGCUUAGAUUCGGCAAGUGAGGAGAAGACGAAGAAAAAAUUAAAAAGCGUCCUGACGAUGGGGGGGAUAAAUUCGACGUCGGUUACAGAGGAUGGCGCACCAGGAGACUCGGUGUCAUCCUACCUGGGGAUGUAUCCCCGUAUUCCUCAAGCCUGGUAUUACGAUGCAUCGAUGCCAAUGCUUUACCCUCCGAUGUCGAGAGGGCUUUACAGAGGUCACCGAUUCCCUUGCAGGAUCAGAGGUCAGUUCUCGUGGCGAGGGAACCGGUCGUUUCGUAACCUGAACUCUAGGUUGAACGAACAAUAUUAUAAGUAUUUUGCUAGUCUGACGGGCCAGAAGUAUCAUGAAAGUGACUACGAGAAGACCUCUAAGUCACGGUCCAGGAGUCGAGAGAAAUCGAGAUCAUCUACAAGGUCCAGAUCGCGGUCAAGAUCCAAGUCCAGGUCCAGGACGAGGACGAGGUCCAGGUCCAGAUCGCGUGGGAGGAGACGUAGCAUAAGCAGAACCUCUCGUUCCAGAAGAAGAUCUAGAUCGACGACCUCUUCGAGGUCUAGGUCUAAAUCCAGGUCCAGGUCGAGGACUUACAGGUCGAGGAGGAAAAGACGAACUAGGUCUGGCACUGGAUCGAGAAAUGGAUCUAGGAGGAAUCGUGGGUACAAGAGGAGGUCCUCCUCGAAGGUGAAAGUGACCCGGGCGAGGUCCUGCACUGCUUCCUCGAAAAGGAAGUCUCGAAGUGGCACUCCGGUGGGCUCCAAGGCGUCCAAUGAAGCUGCGAAGAGUGUAGAUUCCUCGGGGAAGGUGGAGGAUAAAGGGAACGACUCGCAGAGGGGAAGGAAGGAAAGAGAGGAUGAGAGUAAAGGACGAGCCGGCUCCUCGGCUCAGGGUGACAAAGGUGUCUCAGCUGUUCUGCCUUAGGGCAAGGCCCCGGAUCUGUUACGAUGUUCAUGGAAGGCAGUAUAAGACUUUUUUCUUCGUAAUUGUAAGGGUAUUUAAUAAAUUUUAUCUCUAAGUCCAGCUUACCGUGGCGCCAAUGAUUAUUAGUCGAGUUACAACUGUCGAGGACUCGAGUAGGUUGCAAACUACUUCGAGGAUCAGGAAUUGCCAAUGAGUGGGUUCGCUAGACAUGCUCGUCUAAUUAAACGUACUCAUUGGUAUUAUUCAAUGAUUUGCUUUAUCGCACUGAUUAUUUUACAGUUUAUGCAAAAUCCAAGGUGUAGAUUCCCUCUGCUACUCCCUGGGAAUUAUUUGAAAUCUGAAUUUAUUACUUACAAAUGAAACGAUACACUAUGAUUUUUA